UAAAAAGCCCGUUGGUGAGGUACGACGUCGUUCAAGAUUCUCGAAACAUAGGACUAGUUCAUAUGCUGUGGUCGACACUGGCAUUCACUGAUUCGCGGAAACUUUCAUUUAACUGAGGGAAAAGUUUCUCUGUUUCCUGAAAAAAAUACCCUAGCUAUUGCCAUCGCCCGCUCGAGGAGGAAGCGAGGAAGAUGCUGAGGAUUGCCGGGAAGAGGCUCUCUUCUCUAUCGUGGAGGUCAUCGCAAGCAACCUCCGCCUUCGUACACCGAAGCCAUCCUCUUCGAGGCGAGGUUAAUGGCACCGACGAUUCUACUUCUUCCAGAUCCAUCCUUUCUCCCUAUCGGUUCUCUUCCACUUCUGAUCUAAUCAGAGGGUUUUCUUCUGAAGCCCUUGCAUCGGGACAUGAUCUGGCUAUGAUCUCAGAUCUUCCUGCUACCAUAGCAGCAGUGAAGAAUCCUACUUCAAAAAUUGUAUAUGAUGAGCAUAAUCAUGAGCGUUUUCCGCCCGGUGACCCCAGCAAACGUGCCUUUGCAUACUUUGUCUUGACUGGUGGUAGAUUUGUGUAUGCCUCCUUAAUUCGCCUUCUGGUUCUCAAGUUUGUCCUGAGCAUGUCCGCCAGCAAAGAUGUCCUUGCACUUGCUUCCCUUGAGGUUGACCUAUCCAGCAUUGAGCCUGGGACCACUGUUACAGUGAAGUGGCGUGGGAAGCCAGUUUUCAUCAGGCGGAGAACUGAAGAUGAUAUUAAGCUUGCUAACAGCGUCGAUAUCGCAUCCCUUCGUGAUCCUCAGGAGGACUCUGUCAGGGUUAAGAAUCCAGAAUGGCUUGUGGUAAUUGGUGUCUGUACCCACUUGGGGUGCAUUCCAUUACCUAAUGCUGGCGACUUUGGUGGUUGGUUUUGCCCAUGCCAUGGUUCACAUUAUGACAUCUCUGGUAGGAUCCGAAAGGGGCCAGCACCUUAUAAUUUAGAGGUUCCUACUUACAGUUUCUUGGAUGAGAACAAGUUGCUUAUUGGAUGAGAAUUUCUGCAGGAAUUCUUUUGUGGAGCACAAGGUUUCCUUUGUGAUGUCAUAAGAGACAUUUUCCCAUAUGUUGGGAAACACUCUGAAAUUUUGCAAAUUAACUUCAUUUUUCAUUCAAUUUGGGGAUAGUUUAUCUAUUACCAUUGCUCGACCGGGUUACAAUUUUCAGAAUAAUAGGCCUGGAUAUUUAUUCAGCAUUCUUAGUUUAAUUGUAUGGAGUUUGUUCUAUUAGGAAUCUUAUUUUCUUUAUGUUACCUUUUGCCUUCGAAUUCUUUUCCGGAAUUAUCCAUGGAUGGGGAAUUCCUUUCCUAUUUUCUCUGUAGGAUACGUUUGAGACGGUUUUUACAAUUCGAUAAUUGAUCUGGAAAUGUUAGAUGAUAUUCAACUA